CGGCAAAUGUACAAUGCACAACAUACACAACGUAGCUUUGCAGCUAGCCACUUCGCUGUCUAUACAUUACAUUACUGUAAUUAGCCAGCUAUUCAAAAGAUAGCUUUGUUUAUAUACAUACAUUUACAAUACAACAUGUAAGUUGUUGAAACGGGAUAGCAAAUAAUUCGUGUUAUCAUAGUAUGUUAACUACCAUCUAGCAAGCUAAUGUAUGAAUGUAACGUUAGCCACACCACUGGAUAAUACAAUUUCCUAAUAGUUGUCCCUGCAUGAAAAACAUCAAGUUUAAUAUCUAGUUAGAUUGUGAAGAGACAGCGGAAUGGAUGCUCUUGAUCACAUGCUGACAGAGCCCCUAAACGCAGCGGAAGGGACUGAUGGCCGGAUCACUGAGGAGUGUAUGUUGGGAAACUGCCGAGUGAGUUUACCUGAGGACCUACUUGAAGAUCCCGACAUUUUCUUCUCUGUGCUGAGUGAAAACACCUGGAGCAAAGUGUUGACAGAUGCUCAGAGACAGCACCUCAGCCAGCUCCUGCCUCAGUUCCCCGACAACAACACGACUGAGCAGGAAACCACCACCAGCAACCUCUUUAACAACCAGAACUUUCACUUUGGCAACCCCCUGCAUCUGGCCCAAAAACAGUUCAGAGAUGGUUAUUUUAAUCCAGAGGUGGUCAAGUACAGACAGCUGUGUGCCAAGUCUCAAAAGAAGCGUCAGCUGUACUCCCUGCAGCAGUACUACCAUCAACUCCUCAAACAGAUACUGGUCUCCAGAAAGGAACUGGUGGAGCUGGCGGUCCGCAGUGGCCCUGACAUGGCGGUAAAAAGAAAGUACCCGUCUCAGACGCAUGGAGAGAUGCAGGAGACAAGGGUCAGAAGAAGAGUUUGUCGGAUACUCAAAGAAGUCAAGACCGAGUGUGGGGACAGCAACGUGUCGUCUGAUGACGACGACACGGCGUCCUUGCAGAGAUCCCGGUCCCCGCCCUCUCCCACGCACACCGUCGCUCUCAGGGUGGUGCCCAGUCUCUCCACCCAGGACAUGAAGACUACAGAAAAAGCCGAGCUGGGAGAGAAGGACUUGAGAGCCAUGCUGAGAAGACACAGAGAGAAGAGGAAACGACAGCCAGACCACCCAGACCUGCUGACCUCUGAUAUCCAUCUGGGUGACAUGAUGUCCAGAGUGAACAUAGGCCGUAAGGGCUCAGCUGUGGCGCUGUUUGACCUGGCUCUGCCCAAGAGGAGGAUGAGAGAGGAGAGGAGGAAGAAGAGGAUGAGGCCCAUCAAAGUGGAGGCGGAGGAUCCCUGCGAGGCCUUCAUGCCCUCCGAGUCCCAGACUCCCUCGGCCAAUCCCAGCUCCGCUCUGCCGGACACGCCCAGCACUCCGCUGCCCACCGUCAAGGAGGAGCCGAUGGAGGAAGCACAGAGCAGCCCUGUCAUGGUGGAGGAGAUCGCUGUGAGCUUCUUCAGUCUGCUAGAGAACAUCCUGAGACUGGAGUGCCUCGCCAGUACUUCUAUGUUGGAGGAGAAAGUCCAACAUUGGCAAUCUUCUGCUGCCAGCUCCCUCAACCCCUGGUUCUCUUGUGCCUCCUGCUGGUCAGAGAUGGUGCUGCCGGCCCUGCACUUCCUGGCUGCGGAGAGUAAAGCCGGCACCAUGGGUCUCCCCACAGGCUUCAGCCCCUACGUGGAGUUCAAGGAUCGCUCUCAGCAGUGGAAGUGGAUUGGUCCCAGUGUGGAUGGAGAGAAGGACCUGAGCGCUCUGUUUCAGUUGUGGGUGGAUUCCAAGGACAUGGUCGUUGUCAAGACCGAGAAUGAAGAUCCAGCUGAGAUGACGUCUCCGAUUCCUCGAGUCAGUUGGACAGACUAUGUAGUGCGGCCCAGCACUGGAGACGAGAGGCAUGUCUUCCAAGUCCAGGAGCAGCAGCGCUACGACCAGCCUCACAAAGCCUUCACCUUCCGCAUGCACGGCUUCGACUCAGUGGUGGGGCCUGUGAAGGGGGUGUUUGAUAAGGAGAUGUCCCUCAACAAAGCGCGGGAACACACCCUGCUGCGCUCCGACCGGCCGGCCUAUGUCACGAUCCUCUCCCUGGUGAGAGACGCAGCAGCCAGGCUUCCUAACGGAGAGGGCACCAGGGCGGAGAUCUGUGAGCUGCUGAAGGACUCUCAGUUCCUGGCCCCGGAUGUCACCAGUGCCCAGGUGAACACAGUGGUCAGCGGUGCUCUGGACCGGCUGCACUAUGAGAAGGAUCCCUGUGUGAAGUACGACAUCGGCCGCAAGCUAUGGAUCUACCUGCACCGGGACCGCAGCCAGGAGGAGUUUGAGAGAAUCCACCAGGCUCAAGCCGCCGCUGCCAAGGCCAGGAAAGCUCUGCAGCAGAAACCUAAACCUCCAUCCAAACCUAAGUCUGGGAAGGAGGGCGGUAAGACUGGCUCGCUGGAAGCAGGACAGAGCGGCCUGAGUGAUGUGGGGGCCAGUCCCAUGUCACCCACCCCCACUACCCCCACCCCCAGCACCCCUGGAACCCCCAAAUCUCCUCUUGCCCCUGCUGCCUCCACUCCCAUCAAAGCCAGAGUCCCAGACUCCGUCAAGUCCAGCCCAGGCGUUCUCCUGGUGUCCCCUCCCUCAAUGCCCCAGCUAGGCACCAUCCUGUCCAGCAGCCAGGCGGGGCCCCAGGCCUCCCAGCCCUCUGCUGCCCAGCACACAGCCAGGGUGGUGGCCCACCCGGGAGGAGCAGGCUCCCUCUCCCAGGUACGGGUGGUCUCUGCCCAGGCCGGCCUGACAGCCUCCCCGGGAGGCACGCUGGUGCAUCCCACCACUCAUCAGAUCAGGUUACCAGUCAGCGUGGGCACCAAAGGCAUAACUCAGGCGGUAGUGUCGCUACCUCUGAGGACCCAGUCGGUCGGUAGCCCGGUGCAGGCAGCUAGAGGUCAGUCGGUCAUGUCUGUGUCAGGCCUGGCCUCUACUGUGACCGUAGCCAAACCUCAGACUGGCUCCCCAGUCAGCCCUGUUCACAACCCUGCCUCCCCUGCUCUCCUCCAGGGAGUCACCAGCCAGAACAUCAUCAAACAGGUGGCCAUCACAGGGCAGCUGGGCAGGAAGACUCAGGGUGGAGCGUCCAUCCCCAUUACCGCCACCAACCUGCGCAUCCAGGGGAAGGACGUGCUCCGCCUGCCCCCCUCCUCCAUCACCACGGACGCCAAAGGUCAGACGGUCCUCCGCAUCACCCCCGACAUGAUGGCCACGCUCACCAAGUCCCCCGUCACCACCGUCAAGCUCACCCCCGACAUGCUGGGCACGGCCGGCGGCGCCGGCAAGAGCAUAUCAGCCACGCUCCACGUGACGCCGCCCCACCCUCCCUCCUCCAACCCAGCCACGUCCUCCUCAGAGGCGGCCAAGGCCGCCGCGGGCACUGCCACCCUGUUGAAGGCAGCCGGAGACACGGCUAUCCGCCUGAUGCCCACCCUGGCCGUCACUAUGGCCGACCAGAAAACCCGAACCUUCUCCACCGUCUCCUCCCCCGACUCAAAGACCAGCACCACCAUCCGCAUCAUGCCAGGCCUGGGGGUUAUCCCUCAUAAGCAGGGCCAAACCAUCACCAUGACCACCACUUCUGGCAGCAAGCCAGCCACGGUGUCUGCAGGCACUGCUACGGUCACCAUAGGCACCAGCGGCAUGGGCGGAGCCAAAGGGGUGACGCUAGGCCCCGCGGCCUCGGCCUCGGCCUCGACCCUGACCCUGGGGACGGCCACGGCUACUGUCCGCCAGGUGCCUGUCAGCGCCACCGUGGUCACCACCCAGACGGGCAAGUUACCGGCUCGAAUCACAGUGCCCCUGUCUGUCCUCAGCCACCCACUCAAAAACAAGAGUGUGGUGACCACACCCAUACUGAAGGGAAACAUCAAUACAAACAUUGGCAGUCUGGGCAGGAACAUCAUCCUGACUACCAUGCCUGCAGGCACUAAGCUGAUAGGUGGGAACAAGCCAGUCAGCUUUGUCACCGCACAGCAGUUACAGCAGCUGCAACAGCAAGGCCAGGCCACACAGGUGCGUAUCCAGACAGUUCCGGCUCAACAGCUCCAACAGCGCACGGUCUCGGGCUCUCCUAAGUCUGUUUCCACGGUGGUGGUCACCACGGCGCCCUCACCCAAACGCACCCCUGAACCCCCACCGCCCCAGUGAGGCCGGGCAGGGAGGGAUCUCAAGGGUCCACAUCCUGAGGGGGGGGGGGGCAUGGUGAGCCAGACGCCAGCCCAUUACAGCAGCCCUCUCGUCACUCUGUUCUAAUGUCGGGGUUUGGUUUCAGCAUGCCUGUGGUAAUGACGGCACUGAAGGCCUUUUGGUGAAGUGUCCCUGGGUUCAUUCAGCAGCAUAUGUAAAUGUCAUGUCAUUCAAUGACAUUAUUUCUCAUUGUUUAUUCAACAGAUAAAAUGUGUAUUUUCCACAA